AAGUGUCUUUACUUGGCAACUGGUUCAGGCUAGAAUGCCCUGCUACAUUUGAUGCUAACAUUAGCUGUGUUGUAUUUUUUUUCUUUUUAGAAUUCUUUUUUAGAGGAAGGAGAUUUAUUUUUUGAGGAAUUGAGAGGAAGGAGAUUUAUUUUUUGAGGAAUUGAGAGGAAGGAGAUGCUGUGCUGUGUUUGGGUAGCAAAGCAUGAUGUCCAGGCCCGUUUCCCAUCAAACUGGGCCGGGCCGGGCCGGGCCGGAGAGAAAGAGAGGAAGGAGACAAGAGCGAAGAAACCCUAACAACCCGAGAGGCACGCUCCUUCUCCCUUUUGGUUGCGCCAGCGCCGCCGCCGCCGCCCAAGCCAACUCCUCCGACUCGCUCCGUGUCGAGGCCAUGACGGCGCCGGCGACCUCCCCUGGUCUCCUCUUCCCUUGGUCAUCCUCCGCGCGGGUGGAGGCGGUGGUGCUCUUCAACAUCUGCGACAGCUACGUGCGCCGCCCGGACCAGGCGGAGCGCGUCAUCGGCACGCUCCUCGGCUCCCUCCUCCCCGACGGCACCGUCCACGUCCGCAAUUCCUACGUCGUACCCCACAGCGAGUCCGCCGACCAGGUCGCAAUCGAUAUCGAUUACCACCGUAACAUGUACGCCUCGCACCACAAGGUCAACCCCAAGGAGCUCAUCGUCGGAUGGUUCUCCACUGGCUUUGGUGUUUCGGGGGGCAGUACGCUCAUCCAUGACUUCUAUUCAAGGGAAGUACAAAACCCCAUUCAUCUUACAGUUGACACUGGCUUCACUAGAGGGGAGGCUUCCAUCAAAGCCUAUGUCUCAUCCAACCUGUCCCUCGGAGAUAGGCACCUUGCUGCACAGUUUCAGGAAAUUCCUAUGGAUCUAAGGAUGAUUGAGGCAGAAAAAGCUGGAUUUGAGAUCCUGAAAUCUACAAUGGUGGAGAAGCUUCCCAAUGAUCUGGAAGGAAUGGAGUCUUCAAUGGGAAAGCUUUACAUUCUUAUUGAUGAGAUCUACAAAUAUGUCGAUGAUGUUGUGGCAGCACGUGUGGCACCUGACAACAGAGUUGGGAGGUUCAUCGCUGACUCGGUUGCUUCAAUGCCGAAAUUGUCUCCAGCUGCUUUCGAUAAGCUUUUCAACGACAAGAUUCAGGAUAACCUUGCGCUGGUAUACCUGUCAAGCAUCACAAGGACACAGAUCAGCAUAGCUGAGAAGCUGAACACAGCUGCUCAAGUCCUGUAAUCGGGGUGGUGUAGCAUCUGGGGUUUUUUGUUAUGUUUUGCGUCUCUGCCGAAUUGAAACAUCUGGAUUCAGUGGCAGAAAUGCAGUUUUGUACUCGUUAGAUGAGAUCUAAAAGAAAAGAGUUAGUCAUGAUGAGAUCCCAUAAUGUUAGUAGCGAUGGAGGCCGAGACAUUUCUAUUGGGGUUAGUGUUUUGUUUCUAGUCGAAUAUCUGUAAUGCUUGAUUUUGUGUAGCAACACAGUUAAUGGUGGCAUGAAUUUCUUGA